ACGGGACUAAAAUAGAUUGAUUCCAAAAGACAACAACAUGAACUGCUGUGUUUGUGCUUCAUGACAGAAGACUGGUGCUAAAAGUGAGGUUCUGAAGUGAUCUGCAAUCCAGCUAGCCGGAUUAUUGACAACUCUUACUGCCUUUGAAACUGUUGUAUUGCUGUCUCCAAGCAGAUACAAAGGAGCACGUGAAAAGUGCCUGCCACUCUUGGGCAUUUGUGGAAAUAGACUCUUUACUGUGUAGUCAGAUACUCAGUACAGUGAAGCUGUUAUGUCCAAGAAGCAAAACCAAAAAGCCCUUGCAGCCUGGAUUCUUUCUGAAUAAAAGAAGUGGAUGAGGCCAGCAUUCUCUUUCAAGAUAAGCAAGAUUGAUUCAUCAGGAUUUAUUUUUGAUGUACAGUCCAAUACUGUAAUGGCCCAAGGAGGUACCUUUGAAAACAUGAAAGAAAAGAUCAGUGCCGUGAGAGCAAUAGUCCCCAACCGCAGCAACAAUGAAAUUAUCUUGGUGCUUCAGCACUUUGAUAACUGUGUAGACCGAACAGUACAGGCUUUCAUGGAAGGAAGUGCCAGUGCAGUGUUGAAAGAAUGGACAGUAACUGGAAAGAAGAAGAACAAAAAGAAGAAAACCAAACCGAAACCUGCAGAAUCAAGUGCCAGCCUUCCUGACCCAAGCAAGCCAAUACCCACUGAAGAAGAACAAUCUGCAGCUUCAUCAGAGAGGGGUGGCAUCAACGGUUACCAUGUCAAUGGCUCGGCCAACGACACAGAGUCAGUGGACUCCCUCAGUGAAGGCUUGGAUACCCUUUCCAUCGAUGCCAGAGAGAUCGAGGAAUGUGAACCUGCUAUGCCUGAGGUGCCUGAUAGGGCAGCAGCACUUGAGCUAGAAAAUGGAAUAACAGACCUCACUCCAAAGUCUGCCACCAUGCGGUCUUCCCAAAGUACCCCGUCUGCUAGAGUGCAGCCUGAACUGAGGAGCCCUGGCAAGCCACUCUCCAGACCGGCCUCAAGCAACCAGUUACCUGCUUCUUCGUCUCUCAUGAUGCUAGAUGAGGUUCCUAUGUCUUCUGGAAACAAAAAGCUAGGUUCCAAUAUUGAAAAAUCAGUGAAAGACCUCCAACGCUGUACUGUUUCACUGGCUCGAUAUCGUGUUGUGGUUAAAGAAGAAAUGGACAUCUCUAUUAAGAAAAUGAAGCAGGCCUUUGCAGAGCUGCAGAGUUGUCUCAUGGAUCGAGAGGUAGCCCUUCUAGGUGAAAUGGACAAAGUGAAAGCAGAAGCAAUGGAAAUCCUAAGCAGUCGACAAAAGAAGGCGGAAGCGUUGAAGAAGCUGACUGAUGUGGCAGUCCGAAUGUCAGAGGAGCAGUUGGUAGAGCUUAGAGCGGACAUAAAGCACUUUGUUAGUGAGCGCAAAUACGAUGAGGAUCUGGGAAGGGUGGCUCGCUUCACUUGUGAUCUGGAUGCACUAAAGAAGAGCAUUGAAUCCUUUGGGCAAGUUUCUCACCCAAAAAACAGUUACUCAACUAGAUCACGGUGUAGCUCCAUCACCUCCAUGCCCGUAAGCAACCCAGGUGACUCCACCACCACAGCUUGUGCCUCUGCUUCUGCUCCAAACCUUACCAUACCCAAUAAGAAAACACCAUCUUCAGGAGAAACUCCCAUAAAUGCAGCAAGUCGUCCAUACCAGCCAUACCGUGAGGGGUUCCAAGGUAAUAGAAGAUUUGGUCAAGGUUAUCGGCCACAAGGACAGCGCCAAAAUGGGCCCCCACACCUCAAUUCAAAUCGGUACAGAAGUGGGCCUUGGUACCAGUCUGGCUCCAGGUACCGGCCCCCUCCUGGAAACACAAGCAACCUCAACCAGCCUUCCUCCACAGGAACUAAUGGAACUGGUACUGGGCCAGAGGCAAGUCCACCAGCACAGGCACAUGUGGGCCCACUCAGCAAAGAAAUUAAGGCCUUGCCGCAGCGGAAACCUAGAUCAAGCCAAUCUGAGGUGGCCAGUUCUUGAGGACCAUGAACUCCAAAACUGGAUAACAGGAUUGUAGAACACAGCUAGCUAGAGAUAUUAACAAAGAAAAGUUUACACUUGCUGCCCCUGUGCCACUUCUUUUCCAAAACCAUUCCAUUCUAGGAAAGCAGCUUCCUAGUACUCCCCCUGCCCUUGCUUCCUGCCAUGUUACAUGAGUCAGACUUUAGUGGAAACAUGCACACACGCGACCCAGGCGUGGCCUUGACCAGCCUCACUGCUGCCACCUCCUUUGCACUUUAUGGCUCUUCUUGCUCUGGUGCCAUCCAAAAACUUUGGCAGGCUUGCAGCCGCAAAGCAAAAAGAUGAGGGUUGUUGUCUUCCAAGUGCCUCAACCCUAAAGCCUCUGCUCCUUCCCCCUCCCUGAAUGCUGCUAGCCAGGCCUGACUCCUAACAGCAAAGCUGUUCAUGCUGGCAAUGAAACAAAUUGCUGUGACUUGUGAGACCAAGUGGAGGCAUCCAAAUGGGAGGAGCCAUAAGAGACUGCUGGGAGGGUUAUUUUCUUUCUUUUUCUUUUUCUCUUUUUCUUCAUCUUACCUAAAUAUUUGCACUUGGGAAUCCUGGUCUUGUAUAUCUCUUCCACCAGAGGAUGAGAGGGGUCCAGUCAUCCUGAGAGAAGUAACAUUCUAGCUGUAUGUCGUGUAUAAAUAUAGAUGUUCCCUACUUUUAAUGUUCAGUGAGGGAUGGGAGAGUUUGUUAGUUCAUCUCUCAGCUGCAAUCCCCCCACCUGAUCCUGAACUAAAUUUCUAGCAUUCAAUUAGCAGUGCUAAUCUUAGGUGAUUGCAAGUAAAAACAAAAAUUGCUACAUUCUUUCUCUAUCUUGUAUAAAUAAAAACAAUGUACAUGUUUAAAAGUU